AGAUGGGCACGGAUGUUAGCUCAGGACUAAUCAUUCUCAAAAAAAAAAAAGUUUGGUAAAAGCUGCAAGUGCUGUGGGAAGUUUAGAAGGACUGGAGUCUCUGAGCUCUGGGACUCGUGGGAAGCCAAAGGUGGAAUUGGGAAUGGAUGCUGGAUAGGCAAUCAACAAACAUCUCCUAGUGUCACCCAGACCGGCUGGUUCUCCUUCUAUCUACCGAACCCUAAGCUCAUAGCACCUGCAGAACAUAUGGAAAUUAGCUGUCUCUCUCUUCCCUACUAGAUUAUAAAUGGAUUUUGUGGCAUUCCCAGUCUACCCCAAACCCCUGGCAGUGCACCCAGCACAUAAUAAAUACUUUUUUAAAAAAUCUGAACUGAAAGGGCAUGAUAUGAGAUGUGGUGAAUUCUUACUAAAAGCUAUUAAUUGAUUAAUGUUAAUCAGUUCAAUGAUUCAUUUUCAAAAAUAAAUGUUCACGGUGUUUUAGAGUGAAAACGCUUUGAUUGAAGCAACCUAUAAAUUACACCUUAUGUUUUCUGUACCUUAGUAACUUUUCGAAAUGGGAAAGGAUGGGAGUGAGAAUGGGGGAAGGGAAGAAUGGGUUUGCUAACUGCCAGUCCUGCAUUAAAAUGAAAAUCUCUGCCUCUGUACAUCUUAAGGUCUCUAAGGGAACUAGAUACAGUUUCAGAACAGUUGCUAAGUUUCUAGCUCAAAGCGCCUACUGACAUUGUUAGAAUAUAAGACAACAGCAGUAUCCCCUCCCUCCUCUUUAUUCUUGCUAACACAAUGUGUUUGAAAGUGGGAAACCAGUUUGGCUCGCCUUUGUUAGAAAACAGCUCUCGAGUUAUGCAUUUUAAAACUCAGUUGUAUCUUCUAUUUGCUUCAGUCUCUCUAAUUGUGAAAAAAAAGUUACAGUAUAUUUAUUACACAUAUUUAUUAGAACCUGUGUCCCACUUUGUCUUGUCUCUGAUUCUCUCCCAACCAUUUCGUCAGGUGUCUGCUCUGCUGUAGGCAUCAGGGAGUCAGAUGAGACACCCCAGCCCCUGAGCCCAGUGUCUGCCUGGAGGAGCAGCUCGUGUAUUUUCAGACCUGAGUCCCUGCAAAAGGACCCAGUCUGAAAAUCAUUUGUAAUUAUUUCUGGUGAUGGGAUGGCAAUCAAUAAUGUCUUAAAACCAAAAACAAGGUAUGGCUUUUAAAUGAUCUAAGUUAAAAUCAACCAGAGAAGCAUGAUUUCAGUAAAAGGUACUUUAUAUCUUAUGUUAAUAAUUCUUAUACAUCACACUGAGCAGUGUGUAAAUACGUUAUGUAUAUUUGAUCGCGAAUCCUUAUACUUGUCCUGUACUUGGUAAGUACUUGGCCAGAAACACACAGAGAUAAAGGUGGUGAGAUCCAGGAUCCUGGCCCAGUCUGUCUAAAACCCGGGGCUGUGCUCUUAACAACCAUUCUCUAUUGAAGAGAUCAGCUUUACAACUUCUCUGUUAAAAGAAACCACAAGUUUAGCCGAGUAAGGAGAAACAUUUACAAAGUCAUAGCACGGUGUCUGUCAUGUGGUUGCAGCCUAUGCUAUCUCCCUUAGCCAGUGAUUCCUGUUGGUGGAGUAACGUGUUGGCCUCCCUGGGCAGGAAAGCAGUCAAGUCCAGGGGGCAGUUUGAAAGUCUAUGGCACUAAGAAAACUGUCGUCUUUGCCACUGAGGAAAUAUAUAGUCUACAACUAAGUUAUUACCCCAGGGUAGCUCUUCAGUUUCAUUGUCUAAAGAAUUGGAAUACAAAUGUCUGCCUUUGGAGAGAGAUUCCUUCAGCAAUUCAUUGAGUAUCUAAAGGGUUAGGGACAAGUUUAGACACGGCAAAUACAAAGAUAAAUGAGGCAGACAGUAUGGUCAGUAUGGUGCUGGCAUAAGGAUAGACAUAAAGAUCAGUGGAACAGAAUAAAAAGUUUAGAAAUAGACUCAUAUAGUUCAUUGUAUUUGACAAGAAGGCAAGAUAAUCCAUUGGGGAAAGGACAGUGUUUUCUACAAACAGUGCUGAAACAACUGGAUAUCCAUAUGGGAAAAAAUGCACCGCAGUCCUUACCUCUUGCUGUACACAAAAGGAACUGGAGUGAAUCAGUGUAAAAGCUACUAAUGGGAAGGGGCACAAGGGAACUUUUGGUGGUGAUGGAAACAUUCCAUAUCUUGUUUAUUGUGGUGGUUCCAGGGGUGUAGAAAUUUGUCAAAACCCAUGAAAAUAUAUACCACCUAAAAUGGGCACAUCUUAUUGUUUGUAAGUUAUACCACAGUAAAGUUGAUUUUAAAAAAGAAAUCAUAUCCUAUCACUCCCUGGCUUAAACUUUUCCAGUGAACGUUAGAUACAGUCCAGAUUCCUUACCCUGUCCUACAAAGCCCCAUGUGAUCUGGGCCUCCUCCUCAGUAGACUCCUCCCUGAUUGCCUAACUCAGCACUCAAGCACAUCAUGGUGUGUUUUUCAAAGCAUGCAUCGUUAGCUGAAAUUCUUAUUUACAUGGUAUUUACUUACUGUCUGCUUUUCCCCUUGAGAAUAUAAUCUCCAAAUAAGAGGAAAGAUCUGUCUUGUUUACUCUUCUAUCUCUAGGACCUAGAAUAAUGUCUUCCUAAUAAUAGAUGUUCAAUAAUUAUUUUUUAAGUGAAUAAAAAGGGUAAAGAAUUCAGAUUCUGGAAUGUAGACAAUGCAGAAACAUUGAAGGCUGCUAAGUAAAGAAAUGGCACCAUAUAAUUUGUGUUGUAAAUGAUUAUAGGGAUUGGACUGGGAACUGGGGAAAGAUGGAAGGCAGGCAGAUCAUGGAGAAGGGUACCACACCACUUCCGGUAAGAAGAGAGGGAGGCCUUAACUGAGGCUCACUCAGAGGAGAUGGAAAGGAUGGAACGAUCCAAGCAACAUUGAAGAGGUGGAAUCAACAACAUAUAGCCAUGCUCCAGCCUCCUGGAUGUAGGAGCCAGGACAAGCGAUAGGCUUGAUCACAAUUGUGAUUCCAAUACUGGCGGAGGAAUGGUGGCCAAGGACUAGGGGUUCUUAAUCAAGAACCAACUCUGUGGAUCCAGGACGGGUUUGUCCCAAGGCCUGCUCUGAACAGCGAGUUGUCUGAUAAAAGAUUCCGUUGGCAAACCAUCUCUCUUGCCUUACAGAGCAAGCAAAGAAGAUGGAGCGAUUGAAGAGCCAUCUGCCUGUGUGCUUUCUACCUUCUGUGCCCUUUUUAAUCAUAGCAUCCACUCUAGCAACUGCUAAGAGUGCGACUAACAGCACUUUAAAUGGCACUGACAUGGUCUUGGGCUCUGUGCCUGUAAUCAUUGCCAGAACUGACCAUAUCAUAGUCAAGGAAGGAAACAGUGCCUUGAUUAAUUGUAGUGUUUAUGGCACCCCUGAUCCACAAUUCAAGUGGUAUAAUUCCAUUGGCAAGCUGCUGAAAGAAGAGGAGGAGGAGAAGGCGAGAGGAGGAGCAGGAAAAUGGCAGAUGCACGACAGUGGCCUCCUGAACAUCACCAAGGUGUCUUUUUCAGACCGAGGUAAAUACACAUGUGUUGCUUCUAAUGCCUAUGGCACUGUGAACAACACAGUGACCCUGAGAGUCAUCUUUACCUCUGGAGACAUGGGAGUCUACUACAUGGUCGUUUGCCUCGUGGCUUUCACCAUCGUCAUGAUUCUCAACAUCACUCGCCUGUGCAUGAUGAGCAGCCACCUGAAGAAGACCGAGAAAGCCAUCAACGAGUUCUUUAGGACAGAAGGCGCGGAGAAGCUGCAAAAGGCAUUUGAGAUCGCCAAGCGGAUCCCCAUCAUCACCUCAGCCAAAACUCUAGAGCUUGCCAAAGUCACCCAGUUCAAAACCAUGGAGUUUGCCCGCUAUAUUGAAGAGCUUGCCAGGAGUGUGCCUCUGCCUCCCCUCAUUAUGAACUGCAGAACUAUCAUGGAAGAGAUCAUGGAAGUGGUUGGGCUGGAGGAGCAAGGGCAGAAUUUUGUGCGGCACACUCCAGAAGGCCAGGAGGCCGCCGACAGGGAUGAGGUGUACAUGAUCCCAAACUCCCUGAAGAGAAGUGACUCCCCCACCGCCGACUCAGACGGCUCAUCGCUGCAUGAACAGCCUCAGCAGAUUGCCAUCAAGGUGUCCAUUCACCCGCAGUCCAAAAAAGAUCACAUGGACGACCAAGAGGGUAUACCAUUUGAAGUCAAAGAUGAAGAGGAGACAGAACCGUCCGCUGAACGUUCUCCAGAAACUGCGGAGCCUUCUACAGAUGUAACAUCCACGGAGCUAACGUCGGAAGAGCCGACACCUGUUGAGGUAUCAGAUAGAGUCCUGCCGCCAGCUCACCUGGAAACUACAGAGCCAGUAAUGGCACGUGACAGAAACACCUGCAUAAUUUACGAAAGCCAUGUAUAAUAUCAACUCCAAAAAGCUAUGCAUAUCAAGAAAAUCAGGGGCUGCUCCUUGUAGUACCGAUGUAGUACGCACUUGCCGCUAAGCCUUACCAGGAGAUGCUCAUCCCUUAGGUAGGAGACAUGCCAUUUCAAAAGGGGAAGCACUUGUGUGCAGUUUCUGUGACUGGAAUUUCCCCAGUAGAAAAGGAUGCGGGGAACAUCAGGGUGCAGAAUUGAUACUACUGGACAGAAAGUGUCCAUGUGAUACGAAUUUUAGAGGCUCUUCUCUGCCAAAUACCUUAAUUGGCGAUGCCCUUUUGGCAAAGAGUACACUACUGUAAGAUAUUCCGAGUUCAAGAGCCCUCUCCAAUGCACACUGCAUUGCUUUUCCUUUGAAAAAUUAUAGGUCUGCUACAAUAGUAAAUGCACGUACGUGGGUUUGUUGCACUUUCUUCUCAGUUUUUGUUCCUUUCAUGGUCCCUUUUUGUUGGAGUACUUGUAUUAAUAUUAAUUGUUUUUCUGGUUUAGUCCUCUUUGCCCCUUUGUCCUUAUUUCUCCCUAGAACAUUUACCUCAGAGGCUUUGGUGUCAGUCACCCGUACGAGGACUGAUAUCUACAAGUCAUUUAUAAUGUUCCAAAGUAGUUAGUAGGCUCGUUCUUUUUGUCAUUUCCCAGGCCUCUCUCCGUACACUGCUAUUUUUGUUUCCAAUGAAGCUGCUGUUGUGAAACUGAGAAAAGCUUUGCCCAGGAAUAGCACUUUAAUAGCCAAAUAAAAAUGUGUUUACCUGUCCAUUUCUGAGAGCAUUUUGGUGAGCUCAACCGAGGUUGGAGGGAGAUUGUGAAAGGUUGAAUAUACCCAUUCUACCCAUGAAAAUUGCUGUUUUUACAUUUAAGGACCAUCACCCUCCAAACAGAGACUGAUGCUUUAUCUGGGAAAUUUGUUGCUUCCAAAGACAGGGGCAUUCAUUGAAUGCCUGCAGGUUGUAGAAUAUUGGCUUCCCAGAAGGGUUUGCAAGGACCAGAUGCCAUCAGGUGACUCCAGCUUGAUUUGGGGCAGCAAACGUCGGGAUCUGUGAAGUUGUGUGACCAGGUCUGCUUUUGUAAACUGCGUAGCUGACUUGUUGGUCCUUGAAGGGGAGAGUGAAAGGUUAGAAUAGUGGCAUAACUGUACCAUCACAUUUGAUGCCAAAAGUAUUGAAUUAGUUUGUAGUCUCACAAGAAAGGAGUUAUUAUACGUGAGGCAGAAUGAUGCUGUGGAAAGAAGACAAAGCUAGGCAUCCAAAGGCCAACACCUUACCUGACUGUGCCAAUAACCAGCUGCCUGGCUUUGGGCAAGUCUGGGUCUCAGUUUCCUUAUCUGGCAGAGGUGGCAGACUAGAUGAGCUCUGAGCACCAUUUAAAUGGUCUCACUCUCUCACAGAUCCAAACCAAUAUUAUCACCCUUGCUCUUUUUCUGAGUUACGUUCAAGAUUUUCACUUUCAUCUCUGGGUUCACCUAACAUUUUUUAUACAUAUUACUUAUUCAGACAAAGUGGAUCAGUUUCAAAUAAUCAUAGCAUUUUAAGCAAGUUGUGGAUCUUCUCCCCCAAGACUUCCUUAGGACCCCUUCCACAGUGUAGAUUGAAUUGUGGUGAGAAUGAGUGUUGUUAUUUCAUUUUCACUUAGGAACAGGGGAGACACUAAGCUUAAAGAAAUUCUAAGGGUCAUGGUCACAUCAAGUGAUGGGGUCAUGACAUUGGAGGUUACAUGGACCAUGUUAGUCAUGAGACAGCAGACCCAGAUGCUUAGUUCUUACUCUGUCACUAUCUGGAUAAGUGACCUUGGACAACUCUCUUCCCCUCUCUGGGGUUUAAUCUUUUGCAUCUACAAAAUAUGGGGUUGUACUUGAUGGGCCACAAGAUCCCUUCUAGCUCAGACAUUUAUAGUUUUAUGGAAAGUUUGUAAUCAUCCAUGUUGGUCCCCGUUGCAAGAGACAGGCAACAUUGGGAGCAAAAAUGGGUGCAUGAGAUCGGAUGCUUUUGCUGUUGAAACUUUACAGCAAAUGGGUCUGGCUCUGUAGCUGAGGGCAGAGGGUUUGGCUUCCGGGGUGCCCCUGACAGUUUCUUUAUUCAUAAAUAACUGGUGUGGAAGACAAUCUGACAAGACAUGGAGUUUGAUCAAACAUCUCUUGGCCAGGAUGAACUGUUGGCAUCUAGUUUGAAGUGUCUUUGGUGGUCACGUAAAGAAAUUAGUAGUGAGCAAUCAAGAGAAACCAUGACUCCUGUUUGGGCUGUCUGGACUAGGAUUUUAUGUAUUUGAGUUACAGAAAAGUUUUAUCUCCAACUCUUAGAAUAUAGAUAUUUUCCACUUGUUACGGAGGUCAACAAAUUCUUACCAUGGAUCUAUACGCCCAAAACAACAACAGAGACUUAAGCUCAUUUUGUGAUAUUGUGUGAACUUUUUCCCAUUCUAUUCAGUUGUCCUUCCACAUAAACCGUUGUGCAUAUUUCCACAUGGAAACUAUAAGAGAAGGCAUCUGUUCCAUCUAGAUGUUGACGAGGGGUAAAAAGUUUAAAAUGAGCAGAGUUUUUUUGAAGCAGGAGCAGAAAUUUGUGACCAAAGAAUGUUUCCAGGUUGGUUUUAACUUCUUUAUACUGGGGAGAUCAUAUAGAUUUUCAAAACUUUACCCCUCUUUAAGGCAUCAAAAAACUCUUGAUAAAAUGCCAACCUAAAAGGAGGUUGGCUCACGAUGGAAAUUUUUCCUUCCAGAAAUUCUACACUCUCCCUAUCCUACAGCGUCUUUAUGAAAUGAGAAAGGCUUUCCUGCUAGAAUAUGAAAUGUGGAAGACCUUGUGACUUUCGGCUGAUUUUUCAAAGAUAAACUGUUCAGCUUCUUAGAAAUUCAUAGAAGUAUGGCUGUGUGUGUGUGCACACAUGCACGUCAGACUCAUUUGGGAAGUUUUAAAAGCUUAACACUAAAUCCCAAGCCAUGUCCUUUGGGUCUUAUGUAAGCAUUCUCAAAAUUAGACCAUUUCUGGUUUCUGAGUCAUCUGAUCAUAUCUCUAGCAGUUUUUUUCUUGAAAUUCUGAAAAUGAUUCAGAUACGUGUACAUAUUUAAUUCACUUAGAUGAUCUGUAAACUUGGAUGGUAUUUAUUCUAAAUGGAAAAAAUUUUAUACUGAAAAUCUAUGUAAUUUAUAAUGGUUUUGUUUUAUAUAUUAUAUUUUCAUAUCUUUAGGGCACAUCUGCUCUUCUCAUCUUUUUGUAUAUCAUACUUGGCAAAAGAACUACUAAUACUUGACUAAAAUCUCUAGGAACCAAAUGUGAUACAUAACGCAUAGAAAUCACUCUAAAAUCUCUGAAUGUUCUUACCUGUCCCAAGCAUCAUUGUGCCGUCAGUUACGUCCAGAAUGAUUUGUCUCAGAUGCUUAUGAGCAUUCCUUAUUUCAAAACUAAGGCUAAAAGAUCUGACAUCAUGCACAAUCGAUUCUGAAUCUUCUUUCCUUCUUUAUCUUUUUGUUGUUGGUUUCAUUUUUAAUUGUAGAAGUCUAUGUUGUCUAAACUUCUGUUUGAAGGGCAAAUGUGAGAUAAGAAAGCAACUUGAUGGAAAGACUAAACUGAACUGUGGCUCUGUAAAUUAUUCAGUCGACUGAUAACAUGUUCUAAUGCUUGGAUUGUUACUUAUUGGUAAUCUAGGAUCUGCUCAGCUCUUUAGCACAGGAAGGAAAUGUAAGGCACAAAGAAUAUAUGCAUGUUUUGAACAGACACACUCCAAAUGUAGUGCAGCCAACACAGAUCAGCUUAGGAACACCAACCCCAGCCACUGAAGGAACCGUUCAGAAGGCAGAGCUGACGCCUUUAUUUGCAAAUUGAAAUAGAGUGUUAUAUCAGUGCUAAAACUCUUCAACAGCAGCCCCUAUGGUUCUGUUAAUGGGAUAUUUCCUCUCAGUGUUUCAUUUGGUAAGAAAUUGGAGCGUUUAACUUAUCUUUCCAAAACCCUAUUUUAUACUCAGCACAGUUCAACUACUGUCCUCUACCUGUCUUCACAUAUCCUUUUGGCAGUCCCUUAAGAUUAAAAUCCAUGUUUCUAUUCUUGCUUUUUAAACUAAUUUAUUGCUACUCUUUAAAUAUCUACCAAAUCUCAUUGUAUAUUCAUGCACAUAUUUCAAGCACCUGAUAAGCUUCAAGAUAUUGGUCAUUUUUACAUUCACCUACCUAUUCAUAUAAAAAUCCUUCAGUAGAUAACAAAGUUCAUUUUCCUAAUGACUUUUUUAGGGUUUCUACAGUGAUAAAUAAGAUUGAGAUUAAAUGAAUCAGUGGUGGGAAAAAAUCAAACAAAACAGAAUUGCUUAUUAUCUUUUCCAAUGAUCAGUUAUACAAGAAAAUAUCAUAUGAAGGUGAUAAUGAUCUUUGAGAUUUUUUUAGAGAUUUUGUUUUUAAGGGGACUAAUACUUAGAAUACCACAAUCAAAAUUGAAGCUCUUAGAGAAUGCAAAGUUAGAAAGCAAGUAGUUCAAAGAAUAUUCUGGCAUAAAUUAUUUUUAUUUAACCAGUAAUAAAAGACUUCAAAUGUAUCUCUCAGUCGCCAUAGAGUGACUAGAGUGAGUUAGGGUCAAAGAAGAUGCUUGCACUCACAUUUGGUUUGCUGUAUCUCUGGUUCUGGAUGUCCUUUGUUAAAAUCAGAAAAUAAGAUGAAAAAGUUUAUCUGGGCGGAAAUGUGAAACUGAUGAUUCUUUGAACUAUAAUUGUUCACUUUUUUAAAAAAAUAAAAAUGUAAACAAAUAACUAAUAUUUAAGUUGAUGUUAUAGUAGCAAAAAAACACAAAAAACGUGAUCCAUCCUGUAUUUUGAUUAUUGCUUUAAUAAAGGGUUUGCGCAGGUA